AUGCAACAUCAUCCCGACCCGACUUAUAUGCCGGAAGUACCGUUUCAGCCCUUGUGGGGACAGGAGGCACCUCCUCCGCCCCCAAUUGUGCCGUAUCAAGAAUUAAUUGCCGGCUUUCCCUGUACCGACUUAGCACUUUGGCAACGCUCCCAGGUCAGCAGUUUGGUCAGCAGUCAGCGUUCUUCAAGCAAUCGCAAUAACAACAACUCAGAAUCAACCAACGGAAAUCCAACGAAAAAGACACGCCGACGGGUCGCAUCAAUGGCACAGCGGCGUGCGGCCAAUAUUCGCGAACGCCGUCGGAUGUUCAAUCUGAAUGAAGCGUUCGACAAACUAAGACGAAAGGUGCCCACAUUUGCCUACGAGAAGCGACUAUCGCGCAUCGAAACACUACGCCUGGCAAUCACCUACAUCGGUUUCAUGACUGAGCUAUUGACCGGAGCCCCGAUGUCAACGCACAAACCUCGCUCGGCCGAUAUUUAUGCGGGCAUGAACGGGCACCAUCAUCCAGCCACGAUGGGGCAUCACCAUCUCCAUCCGGCAGCUUUUCAAAGGGACUUUGUAUCGCCCUAUAGCCAUAGUUUGAGUUAAACGACCGAGUGGAAGCGA